AGGGGAAAAACAAACAAAACGUGCACCGCUUGGGGUCCAGAGAACUUAGUCUGGGAAACCCUGUCGUAGGGUAAGAGUUGAAUACCCCUGGGCAUCGGUCAAAUAUUAGGUUCUGUAGCUGUGUAUUUUAUCGAAACAAAUCUACAAUGGUUUGUUUUUUUGCCUCAGGGUUGUUUUCCCUGUUGAUGGUAGCUGUGGGCAUACAACCACAUCAGACAUCUUCUAUAAAUGACCUCAACGCUGAAUGCCUGGGUAACGUUAUACGUUUGAGUGUGGCUCCUCAUUUUGAAGAAGAGUUUGAAGUUGAUGCUGUUUUUAAUAACACGAAAAUCAUACACCUGACGCCCGGACUUGCUACUCAGUGUGGAUUCAGCUUUAAAUUCGACCCCAUGGGGAAUGCCAUGUUUUUUGCUUCUCUUCAAAACUGCUUUUCCCGAAACAUGGAUGAUAAGAUGUUCAGCUUGGUCAUACAGUUUAGGCUGCCAGGAAACCACUUGACUGAAGACCCUGUGUAUAGAGUGGGCAAAACUUGUAGCUACACCCACUGGUCCUCCCGAGAGAUUCUGUGCGACCGCAACUACAUGGAGGUGUCUGUCAGAAGGACUCUUCCAGACAUCCAAACCUUCCCUGAGCAGCCCAUUGGAGGCCCGAAAGCAAGGAGCGGCGACCUCCGGAGAGGAGCUGAGGCUGUUGCUUCAGGAUACAAAAUGACAGCAGUGGUCUUUAGUCCUAGCAAGAAGGUCAUGAAGGUGGAUGAGGUCCAAAGAAAGGGCUAUGCAAUAGCCAACACUCCCACAAGGCUAGUGUUAAGAAGCCCCCAUAAUGCAGAGGAGACGUACCUCCAGAAUGUAGCUGGGGUUCCGAUGAGGGUGCUCUCAACCUCAACCUUCUUUGCGCAGAAGUGGCUGGUUACUCGAGUAGAUGCAACGGCUGUUUGUCCAACACCAGGGGCAGUGGAAUUUACCCCAGAAGUGAUCACCUGGUACAUGCCCAGGCACAUAGACCCACUUAUCUCCUCUGAUGCCUUCACCAUGUUGGAGGUCUACAUGGGAAUUGACGCUAAGAGGCUGGACACUGAGGAAAUGGCUGCCAGAAACUACUCGGUUUUAGUCACGGAGGCUCAUAUUAUUGUUGAAAUUCCGGUGGGGGCGGUUGGCGGCUAUUUCAAGAGCCUUAUUCAGGAUAACCAGUACUUUGUCACUUACACCAUUGAGCCCAUGCUUGAGUUGUUGUGGAUCGAGGAGGUCGCACACGAGGACACCAGAUACAAAGUCCUCUUCCCUAUCACAACACCUCCGAUGGCCAGGCCGCCACAAGUUCGCAACUACACGCCCUUAGACGCAGUUCCUGAGCAGGCAGUGUUUGUGUUUGAGUUGGGGACCUUCAACCUUGAUGUGGCGCUGCUGAACAUCACCUUUCCCACUGUGGUGCUAACUGUUGCAGAGUGCAACGCCAGAGGCUUCAAUGUUCAGGAGCAGCGAUCCCUGGACAACACCUUGAAGACCUUCAGGAUGGAGGUGCCCUUCUCAGACCCGGUGGUCUUUCAGGAGAAAAGGCGGGAACAAGGUGUCACAACCUUCACUCUACAGCUGAUCUACGGCCUGGUCAUCUUGCCAGAGUACACCACUUUCUCUCACUCUGCCGUUGUGGAUGCUGUACUGCUGGACAUUGUGCCACCCUCAGUCACUGGCAACUGUGAUCAGGAGAACUUCUACAUCACCGUGGACUUCAGGAACCAAGAGCCCUUUUUUGUGGUCUUGGUUGGCAAGCGGCUGCUUAGCAAUGAGCUUGCUCAACAGUAUUUAACAGAAGGCGAUGCAAACUUCACCAUCACGUUGCCCUUCUCUUCGCCGGACGCAGUGUUUGAGUCGGUUCACUCGUCCUCUGUCAGGAGCAGACUGGAUGUGGCUCUCUUGAAUCCUUACAACAACAUGACCCUCAAAUACUUUUCCCUGGCUUGCAGCUUCCUCAAAACAGACUGGUUGUGUUUCUCUAACGGGACGAUGACUGCGCUGGCGGUGAAGGUGGAGACUGCUCCCAGUCUGAACCCCGGUCUGCUGACCCUGAGCAACCCUGCCUGUGGCCCCACCUACAGCGACGACCGCUUCGCCUACUUCCACUUCACUGUCAACUCGUGUGGCACCACCAGGAAGUUUAUCAACAAUGUCAUGCUGUAUGAGAACGAAAUCUCCUUGCCAGAUGAACUUGAGGUGAAGAAUAACUCAAAUACUUCUUCAGCGGAAGAAUAUCAGUUAAAGAUUUCCUGCUACUAUGUGGUCAACAUCACUCACACAUUGGCUUUCCUUACCAGGCUGCACAACGAGCCUUUUGCCGAGACUGGGACCGGUCGAAUAAUGGUCAGAAUGAGACUCGCGCAGGAUGCCUCCUAUAACACGUUUCACCAGGAGGAGGACUAUCCAUUGGUGAGGUACCUGAGACAGCCUCUGCACUUCGAGGCGGAGCUGACCAGUUCCACUGACCCCCAGGUAGCGCUGGUGCUUGACCACUGCUGGGCCACCCUCAACGAGGACCGCGACUCCCGACCCAGAUGGAAUCUCAUCAUUAAUGGCUGUGCAAACCCGGAGGAUCCGUACCUUGUGGUCUUCCACCCGGUGGUAGCUGACGCCAGGGUCCACUUCCCCUCUCACGUCAAACGCUUUGAGGUCCAGAUGUUCUCCUUCACCGAGGAGGCAGAUGACCCGAGUGGACGGGUCUUUGUCCAUUGUGAUGUGGCCAUCUGUGAUGCCAGUAGUCCCUCUGGCGGCCCCUGUAGUGGACAAUGUGUGACUCAGGACAACCCGAAAAGAGGUCAAAGACAUGUCAAAGACCUAUUUGAGGAGCAUAAUUUAAAUGUUUCUUCUGGAUACAUUCUGUGGGUGUAGUGUCCUAUUCCAACAUGUCAACGAAGUCAAAUAAAGUGUUCUAUAUAACAA